GCCCUAGCUCCCGGCCCAGCUUCUUCUCCCACCAACACACAGGAAAAGAGCCACAUGGCCUGGAGGGUGCCACUUUCAACCCUGCUGCUGCCGCUGCUGCUCUCAGGUUCCUGGGCAGACUCAAAGGCACAAAAAUUUCAAAAGGUGGCAGGGCAGACACUGUCUGUGAGAUGCCAGUACUCACCCAAGAGUGUGACCUACCAGAGAAAGAGCUGGUGUCGGGAGACGUCGGUUUCUCUGUGCACCAUGUUAGUUACCAGCCCCACUCCCUGGACCCUGGUUCAGGCCUCUCGGUUCUCCAUCUGGGACAAUCCUAGUGCCGGCUUCUUCAUUGUCACCAUGGAAAAUCUGAAGGAAGAGGACUCUGGACACUACUGGUGUGCCAUGUACCACACUUCUAGCAACUCCGUCUUCAAGUCUGUCAAACUCUAUCUUUCGGUGUCUCCAGCCUCGGCUUCCACAUGGACAACCUGGUCUCCCCGCAACCUGAUCUCUUCACAGCCACAGAGCCCUGUGCCCCAGACUGGAGAGGCCUCUAGGGCUCCACCUGCCAACCCUGUCUUCUCCCCUUCUUGUCCCUCUGCCUCCAGACUGCAGAACUCUACCCUUCUCUCUGGCCCUGCAGCCUCUACUGCCCUGGUCCCUGUGCUCAGUGGACUCCUUGUCAUCAAGAGCCUUGGGCUGUCAGCUCUGUUCCUCUGGUGAGUGAUGUGGAUUGAGCUAGGGACUAACAGAGCAGGGAACUGUUUCUGCCUGAGGAUGGAGAAUCCCUGGGGAAAUCACCAGGAAACCAGUGGGAAAAUUGUAACUGACAGGGCUGUCCAAGUGGAAGCCUCACUGAGUCCGUCCACCUGGCCUCCUCGUACAGGCCACCUCAGUCACAUCACCUGCACAGCCAGAAAAUCUCUCCCACUCUGGGAAUGCCCAAGUCCAGGGACUACCUAAAGCCACUGUCCCAGGCCUCCCUCUCACCCUAC